UGACGCGGCCGGCAGGAACGCGCUUCCGGAGGGGCGGCGGGCGGGCUUCCUGCGGCCGCCCCGCCUCCUGCCUGCCCCGCCGCGGCCCGGAGAGGAGGCGCCCGAGAGCCAGCGGGGCACCGGGCGCGGAGCAGCGGCGCCGGGAAGAUGAAUUUACAAUUGGUUUUCUGGAUUGGACUGCUCAGUUCAGUUUGCUGUGUGUUUGGCCAAACAGAUAAAAAUAGGUGUCUGAAAGCCAAUGCCAAAUCAUGUGGAGAGUGUAUCCAAGCGGGGCCGAACUGUGGCUGGUGCACCAAUGCGACGUUUUUACAAGAAGGGAUGCCUACUUCUGCACGAUGUGACGAUCUGGAAGCCUUAAAAAAGAAGGGCUGCCAUCCAGAUGACAUAGAAAAUCCCAGGGGCUCCAAAAACGUAAAGAAAAAUAAAAACGUGACUGACAGGAAGAAAGGAGCGGCAGGGAAGCUGAACCCCGAGGACAUCACUCAGAUCCAGCCGCAGCAGCUGGUCCUGCAGCUGCGGUCAGGAGAGCCACAGACUUUUACAUUAAAAUUCAAGCGAGCUGAAGACUAUCCUAUUGAUCUGUACUACCUUAUGGACCUGUCUUACUCCAUGAAAGAUGAUUUGGAGAAUGUAAAAAGUCUCGGGACAGAGCUGAUGUAUGAAAUGAAGAGGAUUACUUCAGACUUCCGAAUCGGAUUCGGCUCCUUCGUGGAGAAAACGGUGAUGCCUUACAUUAGCACAACACCAGCAAAGCUCAGGAACCCGUGCACUAGUGAGCAGAACUGCACCAGCCCCUUCAGCUACAAAAACGUGCUCAGUCUGACGGACAAGGGAGAGGUGUUCAACGAACUGGUCGGCAAGCAGCGCAUAUCCGGGAACCUGGACUCCCCCGAAGGUGGCUUUGAUGCAAUCAUGCAAGUGGCAGUUUGUGGAUCCCUGAUCGGCUGGAGGAACGUCACCCGGUUGCUGGUGUUUUCCACUGAUGCCGGGUUCCACUUCGCGGGAGAUGGGAAGCUUGGAGGCAUUGUCUUGCCCAAUGACGGCCAGUGUCACUUGGAGAACAACAUGUACACCAUGAGCCACUAUUAUGAUUAUCCCUCUAUUGCUCACCUUGUCCAGAAACUCAGUGAAAAUAACAUUCAGACGAUUUUCGCAGUUACUGAAGAAUUUCAGCCUGUUUAUAAGGAACUGAAAAAUUUGAUCCCUAAGUCAGCAGUGGGAACGUUAUCUGCCAAUUCAAGCAAUGUCAUUCACCUGAUCAUUGAUGCGUACAACUCCCUUUCUUCAGAGGUCAUUUUGGAAAACACCAAAUUGCCAGAAGGUGUAACCAUAAAUUACAAAUCCUACUGCAAGAACGGGGUAAACGGGACAGGGGAAAAUGGAAGAAAAUGUUCCAAUAUUUCCAUUGGAGAUGAGGUUCAAUUUGAAAUUAGUAUAACUGCCAAUAAAUGUCCAAAUAAGAAUUCAGAGACCAUAAAAAUCAAGCCUCAGGGCUUCACCGAGGAGGUUGAGGUGAUUCUCCAGUUCAUCUGCGAAUGUGAGUGCCAGAGCGAGGGCAUCCCCCAGAGCCCCAAGUGUCAUGAUGGCAACGGGACCUUCGAGUGUGGUGCUUGCAGGUGCAAUGAAGGGCGCGUGGGCAGACAUUGCGAGUGCAGCACGGACGAGGUGAACAGCGAGGACAUGGACGCCUACUGUCGCAAGGAGAACAGCUCCGAGAUCUGCAGCAACAACGGCGAGUGUGUGUGCGGCCAGUGCGUGUGCAGGAAGAGGGACAACACCAACGAGAUCUACUCGGGCAAAUUCUGCGAGUGCGACAACUUCAACUGUGAUCGGUCCAAUGGCUUAAUCUGUGGAGGCAAUGGAGUGUGCCGGUGUCGUGUGUGCGAGUGCUUCCCCAACUACACCGGCAGCGCCUGUGACUGCUCUCUGGACACUGCGCCGUGCGUGGCCACCAACGGGCAGAUCUGCAAUGGCCGGGGUGUGUGCGAGUGCGGCGUGUGCAAGUGCACGGACCCCAAGUUCCAGGGGCAGACCUGCGAGACGUGCCAGACCUGCCUCGGAGUCUGCGCCGAGCACAAAGAAUGCGUUCAGUGCAGAGCCUUCAAUAAAGGAGAAAAGAAAGACAGGUGCGCGCAGGAGUGCUCCCACUUCAACCUCACCAAGGUGGAAAGCCGGGAGAAGCUCGCGCAGCCGGGCGAGGUGGAGCCGCUGACCCACUGCAAAGAGAAGGACGUGGACGACUGCUGGUUCUACUUCACCUACUCGGUGAACAAGAACAACGAGGCCAUCGUCCACGUGGUGGAGACUCCAGACUGCCCCACCGGCCCGGACAUCAUUCCAAUUGUUGCUGGCGUGGUUGCUGGAAUUGUUCUCAUUGGCCUGGCGUUACUGCUGAUUUGGAAACUUCUAAUGAUAAUUCAUGACAGAAGGGAAUUUGCUAAGUUUGAAAAGGAGAAAAUGAAUGCCAAAUGGGACACGCAAGAAAAUCCGAUUUACAAGAGUCCUAUUAAUAAUUUCAAGAACCCAAACUAUGGACGGAAAGCUGGUCUCUGAGUUGCCGGGUGAAAAUCCUAUUUAUAAGAGUGCCGUGACAACUGUAGUGAAUCCAAAGUAUGAGGGGAAGUGAAUCCGUACUACCUGUGCAAAUUUCACAACACUGAAUGCAAAGUAGCAAUUUUCAUAGCCACAGUAAGGUAGCUUUAGGGCUCUGUUGCCAUGGUUUUAUUCAUGUGCAAGUUUUGACAAUGUAUAAUAUGUAUAAUUUUUUAAAGUUUUUUUUUUUUUUAUUAUUUUGAAAAUAAUGUUGUAAUCCAUGCCAGGGACUGACGAAAGACUUGAGACAGGGUUGUUAUCCUUGUCAGCUAAGGUCACGUUGUGCCUUUUUUGACCUUUUCUUCCUGGACUUUUGAAAUCAAGCUCUUACUGAAUUAAAUGACGUUUUGAGGGUGAUUGAAAGGUCAGGAGUUAAUGAGCAUGAUGGGAGUUUCUGGUAAUCAUGUAUUAAAACUGAUUUUUAGCUUUAUAGAUAUGUCAGUUUUCGGUUACACCGGAUUCCAAAGUAAAUGUCUUGCUAACCAGGUUAGGAUUGUUUGCAAUCUAUAUUUUGAUGUUUGCCUGUUAGAAAUGAUGGAUCACGUAUCUGAAGGAUGUGCUGAGGGUUAACUGGUGUGAAACUGUUUUGAGAUGGUGGCUCUUCCAAGGCCAUGGGAAAAAUUGAGAGAGUUCGGAAGGAAAAACAAAUAGCUUUAAAACCUGUGUGCCAUUUUAAGAGUUACUCAGUCUCGGUAACUUUUAUGCCUUUCCUUUAUAAACUCAAGGCUUGGAUAAAAGUACUGGGAAAUUUUCUGCUAAAGAGUCCUUGAUCUAGCACUAUUUACCUAAAGGCCAUAAUUCACGUAGCAUUUGCUGAUUUGGGGACCUUUUGAGUUAGAUUUGUUUUAUUUUAUUUUUUAAUACCUGGUGCUUUUUAUCACCUCCUCUAAUCUCUCAGUGUAUUUGCAGUUUGGAGUAAGACUUUGUCAGUUCUUUCUCUUUGAAGCUGUAGCUGUAUAUUUGCCUUUUCCACGAACAUGGGGAGCGUGGCGGUCACUUAGGCAACAUCACCUCCUGUCACCUUCUGCAGCCUGAGCAGGGCCCUGCACUCACUUCUCACUGUUGGAGUUGCUCAUCUUGUUUCAAACGAGCCACGUUCUUGUUUUAAGUGCCUCUUAAUUUUAACAGUUCACUUUUUAUGAUGCUGUUUACUGAAGUUAUUUAUUAAAUAAAAAUGCGUAAAAUAAA